AUGAAUUACUUAAUUCUUCUUCCAUUUACUGUCAUCACCUUGAUGGUUGGUAUCACAUACUAUUUAAGCGUCAGAAGAUUACGACAAGAACGAGUUGAAUGGAAAAAGACUCGAGCUCAAAGUGAUAAUCCACCCGUUUACACGAUCUUCAGUCCACCACCCGUAUAUGAAAAAGGGAUUUCUGAUGAUUUCCAAGCGUUAAUCAAGAAACAUUUCCCAGAAAAUAACGUUCUUGAUGAUGUGCUUGAAGCAAUGAAAAAGCGAACAAACGAGACUCAAGCUUUCUUAUUAACAAAUGGUACUGUCAAUAGUACUAUUUCGGAUUUUCCCUAUCGUGGACAUCGAUAUAAUAUGGAUGAGAUGUCGAACUUCUUUGCGCAGCUUAUGAAUUGUGCCUAUGGAUGGUGCGGGUAUCGAUGUUGUGGCCUUCCACAAGCUCGUCCGGUUCGCUUGGAGUACCCAUCACAAUACCAGCAACACUAUCCAUCCAGAUACCCACAAGGACUCAAAACCGCAACACCGAAAUACCGCAAAAUGGGUCCAAAGAUUGGAGAUCCUUCUCCGAAAUAUCUCUAUGCUAACUCAAUGAGACCCGCUGCCACAACGCCUAUUUCUAAAAGAAGGCCAGCCGUUUCUUGUCCAAAAGCUUGUCAACCGCAAUGUUUGACUUCUUGUAUGAAACGAUAUAGCGAACUGGUUUACGAGUUUAUGAACAGUUUGACUCAGACAGAUAUCCUUGGUCUUCCCAAUCGGCCACCACAAGCCACGACAAGAAGAAGCAUUUUUGAAUGGGGAAACUCGGUGGAUGAAGACAAUUGGACAGAGCCUGUACCUUCUGUGCAAUGGGAAGACGAGCGCCCACCAGUGUGUCGAGCCGAUUGUAUGCCGCUGUGUCGAGAGAGUUGUCUACUCAUUGAGCCAAAGCAAAACGGGAAAUGCAGAGCUUCUUGUAUGCCACAUUGCUCACAAAGCUGUCUUGAUUCACCUCCAUUAAUGUUACCAUGUCCAGAUUUCGAUGAAUGUUAUUGUCCAGCUGGGUACGUUCAGUGUUCCGAGUCCACAUGUUGCAUGAGAUAUCGAGCGAUGGCCGUUCGCUACAAAGAUAAAUUGGCUGCCUACAAGUUCAGCGAUGAUAAAGAUACAGAGCCCGUUUCCGGAAAUCAGACAGCUGUUUUGGCGAAACAAUUGAGACGAUUAGGUGGAGAUGGAGAAGAGACAACAACUACUGUAAUGGUCCCAGGAGAGGCUGUAAAAGAGCUUCCUGGAAACGCAACAAUCGUUUAUUUCCCUGAAGAGAAACGAGCCGAAAUCCGGAUGAAUGACGGUGAUGUGUGGGUGGAAAACGUUGAA